GUUCAGACUUUCGGGCGAGGAGCCGCAACCCGACACGGGGGCUCCAGGACGCUGCUUUCAUUCCUCGAGACUCCUCGAGCAAAUAUAACCCCUCCGCCACCACCCCGACUCCGCUGCAACGGAAAGCGUCACCCGACCAGCCCAACCGGUCUCACCGACGAAAAAACACAGUUCCUCUGCAAUGCUUGGGAUUACCAACUUGGUCCCGAAAUGUUUCGUCUUUUACCUGGCGUUCGGAUUAGGUUCCUGCCAAUACAAUCAUCAGCCACCGGAGCAGUUGGAAAACAUCACGGACAUCCUGAAGAACAUAUUGGAAGGGUACGACAUUCGCUUGAGGCCGAACUUUGGAGGGAAACCACUUUUUAUAGGAAUGGACAUCAAUAUUGCAAGUUUCGAUAGCAUCUCUGAAGUCAAUAUGGACUACACGAUUACGCUGUACCUGAACCAGUACUGGCGGGACGAGCGGCUCACCUUCAGCAAGGAGAAGUACGAGCUCACGCUGUCCGGAGACUUCGCCGAGAAGAUCUGGGUGCCGGACACGUUCUUCGCCAACGACAAGAACUCCUUCCUGCACGACGUCACCGAGAAGAACAAGAUGGUGCGGCUACAGUCGGACGGACACAUCACCUACGGCAUGAGGUUCACGACCACGCUGGCCUGCAUGAUGGACUUGCACUACUAUCCUCUGGACUCGCAAAACUGCACCGUCGAAAUCGAAAGCUAUGGCUACACCGUCUCCGACGUGGUCAUGUUUUGGAAAGACCCCGAACCCGUGGUGGGCGUAGAACAGUCUGAGCUACCACAAUUUUCCAUCAUGCGCUACGAGACCACGGACAGAAAAGAAAAAUUGGCAACGGGAACGUACCAAAGGCUGUCCUUGAGUUUCGAGCUCAAGAGGAACAUUGGGUACUUCAUCUUCCAGACCUAUCUUCCUUCCAUUCUCAUCGUGAUGCUGUCGUGGGUUUCAUUUUGGAUCAACCACGAGGCGACCUCCGCCAGGGUUGCCCUAGGAAUUACAACUGUGCUGACGAUGACCACAAUCAGCACGGGCGUCCGGUCUUCAUUGCCAAGAAUAUCAUACGUUAAAGCCAUUGACAUCUAUUUGGUCAUGUGCUUCGUUUUUGUGUUCGCCGCUCUGCUGGAGUACGCCGCGGUGAAUUAUACCUACUGGGGAGCAAGAGCCAAGAAAAAAACAAAGAAAACAAAGGACACAAAGGUUCCGCCUCCGCCAAAGAGCGAGCCGCUCUAUCCUAACAACGAAGAGAUCAUCGAGCUUCACGACGUCCGCCUGUCUCCCAUACCUUGCCUGCGCAACCGCCACAGGCCCAUGUCCAACCCGGGCAGCGACAACGAGAUAAAGUUCCCACCGUCCUUCCGCAUGACGGGUCGCUUCCCAUACAACCCAAGGAGCCUCCCGUCCGGCGCCUGCUACCGAGGCAGGGCAGCCAGGACAGGAGACUAUGGCCAGAGGAGACCCAAGGUCUUUCAGACCCUCAAGCGUGGUGCCAGCGCCAUCCGGGCUUCAAUGCCACGUAUCAAGGACGUCAACAAAAUAGACAAGUACUCGAGAGUCAUCUUCCCGAUAUCGUACCUCAUCUUCAAUGCCAUCUACUGGUGUUUCUAUCUCAUGUGAGGAUACCGCUAUGAGGCUGAGGACAUGGCGUCUGGUGGACUGCCUGAAAAAAGUCACCAUUGCUGAAGACGAUGUGAUCUUUCAUGAAGGUUUCGCAGGAUGCCGCGGUAUCUAACGAAAGGUGUCGCUGACGAAACUCUGUGCGUGGAAUACUGAAGAAUGUCUCAGGAACAGGUUUGUAUCAGGAAAUGAACUCUGACUGGCGAUGCCUACUUGCGUUACGAACUGGGCCAAAGAAGCGAUUCACCAAGGUAUAAGAUUUGCCCUAGUUCAAACUGACGUUGUCGUGGGCGGCAGAUGGGGCCAAAGUAUCAAAGCUGGAGAGACCUUUAUAGAGAUGUCACACCUUCUAUGGUAACCAUCACCUAAAAUGGGAGGAGAGUGGCUAAUACGUUUACUAUCUGUGCUUGGCGAUUGUUCCCUCGUUGUCCUUGAUUAGGCAAUGCUGUGAUUACACUAGUUACUUUCUGAUAAUGGGAUGAGCCGGCUUCGGCUCUAAGGGGGUAUGUCACUAGAAAUUUGUUCCGCACCCAAAUUUAAUAGACUUAAGUAGAUAUACCUGCGUAUACAGUCCUGCAAUGCACGCAUACUGCCAAUCAUAAUUUGUGAUUUUGGAUCUCGGAUCUUGAUCAUUGUAGUGAUCUAUGCACCUGCGAUAAGAAGUUUCUUUUUGCAUCCAGUAACAAACUCAUUGUCAGGGUUCACGAAGUUCUUGAAACAUAUCACCCAACAUUCAGUUUGUUACACUCUCGAAGUGCAUUGCUAAGCGGCAUACCCAAGGAGAUUUUUAAGCGUGUAGGAAGGCAGGGAAGGCUACGGGCCAAUAGAAUCGGUUAAAAGCCGGUAGCACACUACGUCACUUCCGUCCUCUGUAUCAGGAUGCAUUUACUUCUCAGUCUUAUGACAACGUAAUUCUUAUGCUUGUACGACCCACCAAGACAAUAGUAGCGUUUCCCGUGCGAGACUAUAGAAAAAUACAGAGUACCGAAUCAACCCGAAAAGAGGUCGAUCACUUUUUGCACAAGACCCGCGCGUAAACUUUCGCAGCAGUCAACGCAAUCCAUGAAAGUUUUUCAUAAAACUAGCAGGACCUCGGAAGGAUUAUAUGAGCGGAUAAUUCGAUUUUGGGAGCCCGUGACACGCUACGAAUUGUCCCACAGUGGGCUUCGUGUUGAUCGGCGCACGAGUUAAAAUUUACUUUCUUGGUUUGCUAGGCUAUUUUAAGAUUGCCUUGAUGAGACCUUAGGAGAGGGAGGGGGCUGUGUGCGAAAGUAUACACACGGGUUUUCCUCCUAAAACAAAUUUAAGACAUUAUAAUCGGGUAAAUCUGUGAAUUUACUACUGUUAUGAUGGGUGUCAAGCGUUAGCUAAUAGCACGACUGUAAAAAACAAAGAAAAAAAAAAAACAAAAAACAGAAGCUGUGAUGGAGCGUGUUAUGAAAGGGAACAUUAAGCGAAGAAGACCUACGUGGACCAAACGUUGACAGGAUUUGAGUAUCGGUGAGGUCUAGAAGAUGCUGCAUUGACGGACGUGCGAAAGGUGUUUUUACAAAGAUAUUUUCUCAGGCUGGUUUAAAUUAUAUUAGGAGGAGACAAGGUUCACAGACGUGUACGGAGAAACAUAGCAACAGCACUGUCCUGCAGCGUGUUGGAAAGUAUUUUUUUCCGUCGCUGUCAGUACUGUAAACGACAAUAUUUUGAAGGACGACGCCUGGGCUUUAUAAUUGCACCAAUAAGGCUUGAAUAUGUAACCACUGGAGAGUAGUCCGGUCACUGAACAAUGAAUACAGUGCUCUCGAAUCUGAGCAGGGUUGAAUUUUAAUUGCACGUCUCAAUGAGCUUAAAGCGCAUCUUCGUUUUGUAUGAGUGGUCAGGCGUGAGUUUGUGCCCUACGGGCGAACGUUUCAACUGCAAGAAAUGUUGAACUUUAUCGGUUCUGUGAUGAACUCUUAAAAGGACUGAAAGGUGUGCAUCUUUCAAAAUACAUUUUGUGCCCAAUGGCUCGCCAAACAAAUAUACUUUUCUGGAGUUAUGCACCAAAGCUUGUGCUCCCCACACCCUUGCGAGCUAUUGGUACUCUUUCUGUAGUAGUGUACGGAACAGACCUUGGAGGAGGCUAAGUGCCAGCGUAUCAGGGAAAGAUAUUUAGACCUCUGACAUUGGCUUCCUCUAACCGAGAGGACAACGGGUGAUACUGGGAAAAGCUUGUUAUAUAUGUCUAUACAGAUUAGGAUAGCUUAUGGUUCCCAAAAUGUGAGCAUUGUCGCGGGUAUUCCGGAUUAUAACCAUAUCCCUCAUACCGAGAUUAAGGCGACACAAAUGCAGUUAAAACUAAACCGAUCUUUUUUUUUUUUUUUUUUUUUUUUUUUGAGGAUAAGAGUCGCACAUUUUUUGGGACCGACGAAACAUUCCAACAUUUUAUUCUAAGCCGUAACUGCUAUAGCAGAGCUGAUACAACGUGAGCGGUUGCUAACUCGACGUUGGCAAGCGCCAAGACUCUUCGCUGGUAUUUUACAACGCUGUUUGUAAUCGUAUUUUACACCCGGUUGUUCUCGUAUCGAAACUUGAGCAUUGCAUUGCAGAGUAGUUGACAUAUGUUGAAAUGUUUUCGAUGAGUAUAUUGUAGCGUUUAAAAUUCUGAGUAUUAUUACUGUUCUCUGGAUAGUGCAGACGAAUUGUGUCCUAUAUAUGAAAUGGCCACGGUUCAAUAAAGAUUUAUAUUU